AUGCUUGGUUAUUCCUCGUCUGCCGGUCUGAAUUUGGAUUUGAGCCGGUUCUCGUUUCAAGAAGUGUUGAGAAGCGAUCCAGAUGAAAAGUCGCUAUUUGUGCUGCUAAAGGACCAGGCGGGUGAGAGAGCUGUUUUACUGUGUAACCGGAACCCGUUUCCUGUGGACGCUCUCUCUUGGAGCACAAUUCUUGCAAGUACGAAGGUUGAAAAAAUACUGCAAAACGACAAAUAUGGAAAUCUUCGCCUUUUUUUGCCAGAAGAGUUUUGUGAUGUGAAAGCUACUUUGAUUUUCCCUUGCAAUGAAUUUGAUAUUUCGAAGUACUCGUGCCAGAAGCGUUAUAUGGUUCGAGAAACUGCUGAGAUGUACUACAAUUAUGUACUACCUCAUAUUCAAGAAAACCAACCUUCAUUGCAGUGGCUUUAUGACGUGCUUGAAUACAAAGCCGAAUCAGAACGGAUAAUUUUUGAUGAUCAAGACCCCUUGUCAGGUUUUAUGCUUUUACCAGAUUUGAAGUGGGAUGGUUGCAACCUUGAAAAUCUGUAUGUUCAGGCUCUUGUAAGACGGAAAGACAUCAAGUCUGUUAGGGAUUUAAAUGGUGAACAUAUUCCGCUUUUAACGUCACUACGCGACAAAUCCUACGCAGCAAUACGCUCGAAAUAUGGUCUCAGUGAAAAUCAGGUGCGUGCUUACGUCCAUUAUCAUCCAACAUUUUAUCACUUUCAUGUACAUUUUAUUGCCGUUUCAUUCAACGUUCCAGGAUCUCAAGUUGGGAAAGCUUUGUUAUUGGAUGACGUAAUUCAAAAUAUUCAGUUCACUUCGGAUCACUACCAGAAAGCUACUUUGUCAUUUAUCAUCCGUGAAAGAGACUCGUUGUUUGACGUUUUCAAAACCAGGAGUAAUAACUUAGAAGCUGUGACUGAAAUUACGUAA